AUGAUUACAAAGCAAGUUCACAGAAAUGCUAGAGAAGCAAAGGAUCCCCAUGCAUGUUGCCAGGUGUUGUUUCAAGGCAUAUUGAAAACAAGAGGAAAGGCAAACUGGCCAUUUGUUUUCUUUGAAGCUAUAAGCUCAAUAAAGCCAGAUUUGGUCCAGCCGAAAACAGAGAACAUGGAGCAGCAGGAUCAAUCUAUUUCAAAGCAGGUCAACAGCUGCAUCAAGAAUGGAAGCAUCAUGGCUGACAUGAACAAAUUUUGUAAUGAAAUUCUGCGUCGCUUGGAUGAAUUAUCAGUUUUUUCAGAUGGUUUUAUUAAUGAAAGACUGGAACAAGUGGUUUGCCUAUCAGAGCAGGAAUCAAAGUCUCCUGCUGUGCAAGCAUGGGUUGCCAGUACAAAUGUAGAUCCAUCCUCUGUUGUUUUCUACGACACAUGGAACACACAGCAUGCCUUUGAGGAUACAUCUACAGACAUUGGUUCAAAGCCUAAAGAAACUCCAAAAAUUCAGCUGAGAGAAUACCAGGAAGAGUUGGCAGAAGCUGCACUAAAGGGAAUAAAUACAAUCAUCUGUGCUCCGACAGGAUGUGGCAAGACCUUGGUGGCAGUUCACGUCAUCCUCACUCAUCUGCAAAAACCACCUGAAGGAACAUUGCCAAGAAAAGUUGUGUUUUUUGCUAGAACUGUCCCACUUGUCAUGCAGCAGUACCAAGUUCUUCAGACAUUUCUUCCACCGCAAUUUAAG